AUGACGUUCAUCCAGGAAACAGCGACUCAGAAAGCCAUCCGAAAUCAAGCCGUCCUCGACGCCAUCUUCUCAUACUCGUCUCCGGGCACCAUUCUUCGCAUGUCAAGAACAUGUCGACGUAUCAAAGACCUGGUCGACUCAUACAUCCGUGCAGCGUUUAACAUCAACCGCCACCUCUCCCGAUACUUUCCUGAUCCUAUAGCCUUCCGCUCUAUGCAGGCUCGCACCGCUUCUCUGCUCUCAGGGUCGAAUGCUCUCCAGUUUCUCGACAGGACAACCUACCCUGAUACCGAUCUCGACCUCUAUGUGUUCCAGGAGUGCACCGGUGAAGUCGGGAGGUUCAUGCUCGAGAAUGGAUAUCGAUUUCUGCCCACCGAGAUGCAAGAUGCCGACUUUGAAAUUGCUCUUAUUCAGCGGACUGUGAUGAACACCGUUUAUCCCGGACCCCUCCGCGGGGUCUUCCAGUUUGUCAAAAAGUCUGACAACGGGGAGGACUUGAAGGUGGAAGUAAUAUCUACCACGGCACCGUUUUCAUGCGUGCUGUGCUCUUACUCGACGUGCGUCAUGAACAUGAUUAGCUACGAGAAGGCGUAUUCUUUGUUCCCCCGUGCUACUUUCGAGGACCGCACUUCUUUCAUCUGCACCAACGUCCCUUGGCGCCGUGACGUAGCAAUCAAAAAAUAUACGCAGCGAGGCUGGGACGUGCUACGAAGCCGCCGGGCAUAUGUUAUUCGCGACGACCUGCUAUCAGUUGAGCGAAGACUUGAUGACGCCUACACUUGGACCAUGCCCUUAAAUGUUGAGGGCAUACCGCCUGUAUCACUCUCGCCAAGCUCCUCCAGCCUCAAAUCGGACCCUGUCUCGAUCUGCUGUUGGCGCUCCAUUGGACAGCAAUCAGACAGCAGAACCUGGGACCAGCUCACUCGAAUAGACAAUGGACUCCUGUCGUUGUUGAAGUUCCGCUAUAUCAUCCAGGAUGCGACACUUGCUCGUCACAUAGCCGGGCUUUUACAUUGUAUAGCAUCUCAUCGUGCUGCGAACUUAAAUCGCUACUAUGAUGCAGAGCUGAUCCAAUUCUGCCAGGAGUAUUAUCGACGCUGCAAAGAGAUACGCAGUGCCUGA